AUGGCUUCGAAGGCCCUUGCAGUCAUUGCUGGCGUUGGCCCAGGCACGGGCGCUUCAAUUGCCAGACGCUUUGCGAAGAGCUAUUCUGUAGUGGUUCUUUCUCGAAGUCCCGGUAGCUACGAACCCUUGGUCAAUGAGAUCAACUCCAGCGGGGGGCAAGCUAUCGGAAUCAGCACCGAUGUCUCUGACCGAAACAGCGUAAAUGCUGCUUUCGAUCAAAUCGAGAAGCAGUUCCCAGACUCCAUUCUGGCUGCAACAAUAUUCAAUCCUGGCGGUGGCUUCGUUAGGAAGCCGUUUCUGGAGCUGACGACAGAGGAUUUUGCCGGCUCACUGGAUUCACAGGCAAAAGGUGGAUUUAACAUCGCCCAAAGAGCUCUUCCACUUCUUCUUAAAGCGAGGGAGUCCUCCCCUCAUCCACCAACCUUGAUUUUCACUGGUGCGACAGCGAGUAUCAAAGGAUCCCCCAACUUUGCCUCAUUUGCGGCGGCCAAAUUUGCGCUCCGAGCCUUAUCACAGUCUCUGGCCCGUGAGUUUGGCCCUCAAGGUAUUCACGUGUCGCAUGCUAUCAUCGACGGAAUCAUUGAUAUCCCGCGCACCAAGGCAUGGGACCUUGGGCAUGAAGACGCAAAAUUGAGCCCUGAUGCUAUUGCGGAUUCCUACUGGCAUCUGCAUACCCAGCCGCGAACUACGUUUGCAUUCGAGCUGGACUUGCGGCCGUAUAUUGAGAAGUGGUAG